AUGGCCGCCUUCUACCUCCCCUACACAUACGGGACUUUCCUCUCCGGCCGUAUGCAUCAUACGAUGAAGAAACUCCAUCGCAAGUAUGGCCCCAUCAUACGUGUUGGCCCGAAUCAUCUGGCAGUUGACGGAUCCAUCGCUUGGCCCGAAGUGUUUGGACACCAGAUGGAUAAAGAAGAGUAUGGGAAGCUACCGAAUUAUUUAUUUGUAGGGGACAUUAUAUCUAUCAUUGGGGCUCCAAAAGACGUGCAUAGACGGCAACGGCGGCAACUGGGCCAUGCAUUCAGCGAUGGUGCAUUGAGAGACCAAGGGCCGAUCAUACAGAGAUAUGUAGAUCUUCUCAUGGAACGCUUCACUGAAAAGUCCGAUGCUGGGAAAAUCUUUGAUGUCAACGACUGGUUCAACUUCACCACGUUUGACGUUAUUGGCCAUCUCACUCACUCAAAGCCAUUCAACUGCCUUGAGAACGGCUCUCAUCCUUGGAUAUCGGAGUUUUUCAGAGGAUUUCGAGGCAGAUCCUACGCUCAUUUUCUUUCUCAAGUUCCCUUUGCCUUCGAAAUUGUUAAAGGACUUCGCCUGAUUCAAGACAUCAACAACAAUGAGAAAGACAAGAAUGACUCUGUUGAAAGGACGAUGGAGCGCAUCAAUUUGGGCGAUUACGCCAUUGAAGGCUACCGAGACUUUACAUCCUACAUGCUCAAGAAGAGCCACGACGGGGAAUCAAGUUUUGCUGGCUUGGGACUCCUAGCUUCAGCUACUAUCCUUAUCGGAGCGGGCGCAGAAACAACUGCUGCUGCCAUGUCGGCUCUUAUUUUCUACAUUGGCAUAACCCCGACUGCGUAUAAGAGGUUGGCCGAGGAAAUCCGCUCGGCUUUUGAUGAUGUAGAGAGCAUUACAAUCACAUCCACGCAGAAGCUGGAGUACCUUCAUGCUUGCAUUGAGGAGGCGCUCCGCGUGUACCCUCCCAUCAACGAGACUCCCCCACGAGUCUGUCCUGGAGACUCCAUUGAUGGGAAAUAUGUUCCUAGAGGAACUGCAAUUACGGUAUUCCAAGAAGUCACUUACCACAAUCCCGAACAUUUCGCCGAGCCCGACUCCUACAACCCUGAGCGAUGGCUGCCCAAGUCACAUCCUUUCUACGAUACCAAGUUCAACAAUGACAAUCGCGCGGUAUUCAAGCCUUUCAGCUACGGUCCGAGAGACUGUGUCGGUAAGAAUCUUGCUUACUCGGAAAUGCGGUUAAUUCUUUCGCGAAUGCUGUACCGUUUCGACGUGGAACUGGUUCCCGGCCAGGAGAAUUGGCAUAGCGCGCAACGCACGUUUAUGGCAUGGGAGAGGAGACCAUUGAACAUCUACCUCAAGCGUAGAUAG